AUGAAAGGAUAUCUUGUCAUUCUUUUAUCUGUUGGAUUAACAGCAGCUGCACCACAAUAUAAUUAUGCUCAACCAUCUGGUGGAUUUGGGGGCGGAUUAGGUGGUGGCUUUGGCGGUGGGCAUUCAAGUGGUGGUGGUGGUGGUGGUUUCGGUGGAGGUUUCGGUGGAGCUGGAAUUGGUGGAGGAUUUGGCGGCAGCAGUGGUGGUGGCGGUUUUGGUGGUGCUGGAAUCGGUGGUGCUGGUGUUGGCGGAGGCUUUGGAGGAGGCAGUGUCAGCGGUGCUUUCGGUGGAGGCGCUCAUCAGCAAACUAUUGUCACAAAACAAUUUCUUAUUCAUUCAGCCCCACAAGAACAAGAUGAAAUUGGAGGUGAUAAGGUUAUCAAUUUAGGACCUGGCCAUAAACAUUACCGCGUUGUGUUCAUCAAAGCACCACAUCAAGGUGUACAAGCUGGAAAAGUAAGAUUCAUUGCUCCAGCUAAUGAAGAGAAGACUGUCAUUUAUGUUUUGAGUAAAAAAACCGAUAUUGCCGAUAUUCAAGCUGAUGUACAACAAGCUCAUUCAGAACCCACUAAACCAGAAGUACAUUUCAUCAAAUAUAAGACAGCUGAAGAAGCAGCACAUGCUCAAAGGACAAUUCAAGCUCAAUACGAUUCCAUUCAAGGUACAUCACAAGUAUCAGAUGAAGGUGUUGCUCCAAUUAGUUCGGUUAUUGGAGCUUUGGGUGAUGGCGGGCAUGGUGGUGCUGGCGGUGCUGGUGGUUUUGGUGGUGCCGGUGGUUUUGGCGGUGGCGCUGCUGGUGGUUUCGGAGGUGGUUCUUCUUCAGGGGGUUUUGUUGGCGGUGCUGGCGGUAGUGGCUCAUUCGGUACCACUGGUGCUGGUGUUAGCGGAUCUUAUUUACCACCAAGUCAUUAG